GCCUGUCCCAGGCCGGAAGCUGAGGUGCUGACCGUGCGGGAGCAUCAGCGAAGCGGCGGUAGAGUCUGGGAAAAAUCAUGUCAACAUCGGGCACCUUGCCAGUGAUAGCAGAAGAACUUCUGAAGAAAGUGAAACAGGUGUAUCAAGAACUGUCCCAAUUGACAGAUGACCUCCUUCUGGCACUCAAGUUUGUCUUUGGCCCAGCUGCCUUGCAUGCCUUAGAGCUGGUGGAUCGCCGUUCAGUUACACUCAUCCAGUCACCCAGUGGAAGGUCACUGUACCAGGUUGAAGGAAGCUCUGGUCAAGUAUAUUAUUGCCUCAGCUACUGCCUUUACUGCUCAUGCCCAGCCUUCAUGUAUUCUGUUUUACGAAGGAAUGACAAUAUAUUGUGUAAGCAUAUUCUUGCGGUAUAUCUCUGUCAAGCCAUGGGAGUGUCCCACCAGCUGAAAGUCUCAGAUAAGCAACUCACCAACUUUCUGCUGGCCAAGGACAAGGAACCUGGAGCCUCGCCACAUUAGAGGUUGCCUUUCGUUUUGGAGAAGGCAGGGCUGCUAAGAAACGUUUUCCAUGACGUACAAGCUCACAGAUUGACCCUUGAAGUCUCCCAGUUACAAAGCUUGAGUGUGCUGUACAGAGACAACUAACUGCAAGCAAUAAGAAGCAGGCAAGCUUUUCUAUGAAGACGACAACACUUGGGUUAUUUCAGUUAAUCAAAUAAUCAAAAUUUUGGAUUAGUGGUGCUGGAAGAGCACAGCAGUUCCGUUUUACCAAAUAAUCAAAAUGUCAGAUGGAAGGUUACAACACUGUUCCAAGAACUGUGGAAGAGAAAAGAAUGUUUCCUUUCCAAACCUGUGUAAGUCUUAGCUGCAGAUUGUGUGUUACCAAAAUAAAAACAGCUGACAACGUAUUAGCUUCAUUACUCCCAGAGCAGCACUCUGGGAAUCGAGUCAUCCUGCAAAAUAAACACUUAGCCAAGGCCAGUGAAAAAUCCUAUUUAAUGUUUGAAGAAGAGCUGGAGCAUCCUCCUGACGAGAAAUAUUCACUUAAAGAGCAUUGCCAAAGGCAGAUUCUUAUAUUAAUUGGCUUCAUUGAUGGCACCUUACUUGCAAAUACUGGCUGCCACAUUUGCCUCCAGUUCAAGGUAAUUAUUGGCUGCUUUGCAAUC